AUAUAUAUACGAUAUAUUUAUACGAUGAAUAAAUUUACUCCCCCAAAUCCUACAUUAAAUUUUUACAUAAUUUUUUUUUAAAAAAAAAAAAAAAAUUACCCGUAAAUCAUGUCUCAAGAAGCUCGAAUAAAUCGUAUCAUUGAUGGUUAUAAUAGACCAAACCGUGUUGUGGAAUUUCCUAAAAAAAAUGGAACACCACUUUAUACUUCUGAAUUCUUUGGUGAAAAUGUUUUCUCAUUAAAAACUAUGGCAAAAUGUUUGCCAAAACCUGUUUAUCAACAAUUCAUUAAACAGAUGCGUGGUGGUCAAGUUAUGGAUAAGAAUACUACUGAUUCGGUUGCUCAUGCCGCAAGAAUUUGGGCAAUGGAUAGAGGUGCAACUCAUUUUACUCAUUGGUUUCAACCUCAAACAGGAAGUACAGCAGAAAAACAGGAUUCUUUCUUAACAAUAAAUAAUAAUUUUGAUUCAAAUGGUGAAAUUUAUCAAUUGGAUACAUUCUCAGGAUCUCAACUUCUUCAAUCUGAACCAGAUGCAUCAUCUUUCCCAUCUGGUGGUAUGCGUUCCACUUUUGAAGCACGUGGUUAUACAGUUUGGGAUACCACGAGCCCCAUGUUUAUUCAACCUGGUCCUCAUGGUACAUCCAUUCUUUAUAUACCUUCUAUAUUUAUUUCAUAUAAUGGUGAAGCAUUAGAUGAGAAAACUGUUUUAUUGAGAUCUUCUGAAGCUCUAUCAAAAGCUGCUGUUGAAUUAUUGAAAUUGAUCAACCCUAAUCCAACUGAUGAGAACCCCCAUGUUACACACGUUUAUACUACAUUAGGUGUCGAACAGGAAUUUUUUCUUAUAGAUCGUGGACUUUAUUCUUUACGUUCAGAUUUAAAAAUUACUGGUAGAACUCUUGUUGGUAGACUUCCUCCAAAACAUCAACAAAUGGAAGAUCAUUAUUUUGGAAGAAUGCCUACACGAGUUUUAUCAGCUAUAAGUGAAGCCGAACUUGAAUUAAUCAAAUUGGGAGUCCCUGUUAAAACGAGACAUAAUGAAGUUGCACCAUCUCAAUUUGAAAUGGCCCCAAUUUUUGAAGAUGCAACGAUCGCUGUUGAUCAUAACCUUUUAACUAUGGAUGUGCUUCAUAAAGUUGCUCAUAAUCAUAAACUUAAAGUACUUUAUCAUGAAAAACCGUUUAAAGGUAUUAAUGGUUCAGGAAAACAUUGUAAUUGGUCACUUUCUACGAAUCAUGGUGAAAACCUUUUGGACCCUACUUCAACACCUGAAACAAAUUAUCGGUUUCUUUUAUUCUUGGUUGCUAUUCUUAAUGCUGUUCAUAUUCAUGCCGGUCUUUUAAGAGCUGGUAUCGCAUCAGCUUCUAAUGAUCAUCGUUUGGGUGCUAAUGAAGCACCUCCUGGUAUCGUUUCUGCUUUCUUGGGUGAACAUUUAACAGAAAUUCUUAAUGCAAUUGAAGAAACUCGUGCAAUUAAAAGUUCAGAACCUCAUUUUGAAAGUAUUAAAGUUGGUGGUACUGUAUUAGAUAUGAAAAUUUCAACACUUCCAGAAAUUUUACGUGAUUUAACUGAUAGAAAUCGUACUUCACCUUUUGCUUUUACUGGUAACAAAUUUGAAUUUCGUGCUGUUGGAUCCAAACAAUCAACUUCAUUCCCAGUUACAUUAUUAAAUUCUGCUGUCGCUUCUUCAAUUCAAGAAGUGACAGAAGCUCUUUUAAAACAAAAGGGUGAUAAACCUACUCUUACUGAUGAGGAUAAAAUAUUUGUAAUAAGGAAAUAUAUUAUCAAAACUAAAAAUAUUCGUUUUGAAGGUGAUAAUUAUUCAGAAGCUUGGGUUAAAGAAGCUGAAACUCGUGGUUUACCUAAUAUUAAGAAAUCUCCUGAAGCUUUUACAAAAUUAUUAGAUCCUGUUAAUUCUGAUAUGCUUAUAAAGAAUGGAAUAUUUACUAAAUCAGAACUUCAUUCUCGUCAUCAUAUUUUACUUGAAAAAUAUACAAAAGAUAUACUUAUUGAAGCAAGAACUCUUGAAGCUAUAGUUAAAACUCAAAUACUUCCAAUUGCUUAUGAAUUUCGUAAAUCAUUAGCUGAAGGAAUUAAAUCAAUAGAAAGUGUUUGUAGUAAAGAACAUUCAGUUCCUGAAAGAAAUAUAAUUGAAAUUACAACACCAAUUGUAAUUGAUUUACAAAAAUAUAUUGAUUCAAUUACAACUAUGAUUAAAGAAGUUGGUAAAAUUGAUGACCCAUAUAAACAAGCUGAAUAUACCGAAAAGAAUUUAUUACCCAUUAUGGAAGAAAUUAGAAUAAAAGUUGAUAAUUUGGAAGAAUUGAUUUCUGAUAAACUUUGGCCAUUACCAAAAUAUAAUGAAUUAUUAUUUUAUUAAUUUUAAUAACUGAUAAUAAUAUAGUUUAUGGUUAAUUCUUUAUAUAUAAUUUAUG